UGACUGACUGCACUGUGUUUUGGCACUGUGAAGGACAUUGGGUGUAAUUUCGUGUUCACCCCCUUACGACGGAGUGUAGAGGAUGAACGUGACAACAGGACAAUUUUCUCGUUUGACCCGGGACAGGCCAACCUCGAUUAGUCGCUCUACGCGCCGAGUGAUUAUGCAGCAUUACGGCUCACCUAUACUCAUUAUACACUCACACCUGAUUCUAUAGGCCCCUUUUCCUGACCUGACACGAUUGCACCUUUUAUCUGUCAUCGGUGACAAAACCUAACCCUCCAGGGCAAUUACCUCGUGGCUGUGCAAGUCGAUGUCCCCGACCAUGUAAACGUCUGUCUACUAUUUUAGGGCAAAAGCUGGGGGAAAGCGAGAGGGAGGCGUUUCUCACUUAAUAACUCAACAACAUGCUCCAACAGCCCACCCACGCUUAUGGGCUCAGAGCUCUGAGCAGUUUCCAUGACUGCCUAGAGGGCUCGAAGAGGGUAGCAACCGAUCAUAAUGAGGACAACACCACAGCCAUUCUGCGUGACUGGCUUGUCAAGGUGCAGAAAUUUUACCACAAUGUGGAAUGGAGGCCAAAAGAGGAACCCAGACGUUAUGCCGAUGAAGAUGGUCCAAAGCAGUGGACAGACCUCCGUUAUGAGCAUGUCAUGAAGCUUCGGCAAGUAGCACUGGAGUCAGCUCGCGAGAUGUGGGCGGACUACUUUAUGUUGGUGGACUGUGAUAACCUCCUCACCAAUCCCAACGUGCUCUGGAAGCUCAUGAAAGAGAAUAAAACCAUUAUCGCUCCGAUGCUUGAAUCCCGUGCGGCCUAUUCAAACUUUUGGUGUGGAAUGACCUCGCAGGGUUACUAUAGGCGCACCCCUGCCUACAUACCCAUGAGGAAGCAGGUGCGUAGGGGCUGUUUUGCUGUGCCCAUGGUCCACUCCACCUUCCUGAUAGACCUCAGGAAAGAGGCAUCCAGGCAGCUGGCCUUUCACCCACCGCACCCAGAUUACAGCUGGGCUUUUGAUGACAUCAUUGUGUUUGCCUUCUCUGCUCGGAUGGCAGAUGUUCAAAUGUUCGUAUGUAACAAAGAGACCUAUGGUUACUUCCCUGUGCCCCUUCGAUCCCAUAAUACUUUGCAAGAUGAAACUGACAGCUUCAUGCACUCCCUGCUGGAGGUUAAUGUGCGAAAUUCCCCAGUGAUGCCUUCCAAAUACAUACGCGUUCCUAGAAAACAACCUGACAAACUGGGCUUUGAUGAGGUGUUCAUGAUAAACUUGCAGAGGCGGACUGACCGCCGAGAUCGUAUGCUGAGGACAUUGUACGAGCAGGAGAUUGCUUGUAAGAUCAUUGCAGCUGUAGAUGGAAAAGCGAUGAAUGUCAGUGAAAUUCAUGCCCUGGGCAUCCACAUGCUCCCUGGAUACAGUGACCCCUAUCACGGGCGCCCACUGACAAAAGGAGAGCUGGGAUGCUUCCUGUCCCACUAUAAAAUCUGGAAAGAGGUUGUGGAGCGGCGCCUCUACACCUCUCUUGUGAUUGAAGACGACCUGCGCUUCGAGAUCUUCUUCAAACGUCGCUUGAUGAACUUGAUGAGUGAGGUGAAGGAUGAAGGACUGGACUGGGAUCUCAUUUAUAUCGGUCGGAAGAGAAUGCAAGUGGAUCACCCAGAGAAAGCCGUGCCUAAUAUACACAAUUUAGUGGAAGCAGACUAUUCAUAUUGGACACUAGGUUAUAUGAUAUCAUUACAAGGUGCUGAGAAGCUUUUGAAAGCAGAACCACUAAAGAGGAUUUUGCCAGUGGAUGAGUUUCUUCCUAUCAUGUACAAUAAACAUCCCGUAUCUGAUUAUAUGGAACAGUUUGAAACCAGGGACCUGAAGGCUUUUUCCGCAGAGCCUCUUCUGGUGUAUCCGACGCACUACACGGGCGACCCAGGCUACAUCAGCGACACUGAGACCUCCACAGUGUGGGACAAUGACAAGGUCCGUACGGACUGGGACAGAGCGCGCUCAGGAAAAACUCAGGAGCAGGCUGAGAUCAGCACUGAGGCCCAGAACUCAGAUGUACUACAGUCCCCUUUGGACAGUACAGCACGGGACGAGCUAUGAGAGGAGCUGAACAAGAACCUUGGAAAAAUUCAGAGGUGCAUAGGGCAAACUACCUUAGUUUUUUAAUCAUGUUUCAUCUUUGAUACUUUUGAUUUUGCAUCACAGUAGGGAUGUGACAUCAGAGUUUGUAGAAAGAUUUAAUUUAUCCAGAUGGGACAAGUUAAAAAGGGAUCAGGUGUGUCUUAUGUUUACCGUCAUGUUGUCCAUUUGUAGUUUUUACUUGAUAAAGGCACUAGACUUGCCAUUUGGAAUGGCAUUUGCAGUACCCAUUCUCUGUCUGUCAUACAGAAAUUAACGUAUAUUAGCAAAGAAUGCAAUUGGACAGUUUCAUUUUCAGUCACUGGGCAGUUAGCUUUGUCCUAAUUUGACAUUACACUGUGAAAUGCUUUUUUAAAUAGGUUUCUCGAGCCUACAAAUGAAUAAGUCAUUAACCGUACUGUGUCACUGAACAAAAUCAAGACUUGACGGAAGCAUUCAUGUCCUACAUCAACCAGUAUCAUUCUAAAUUCAUUGGUCUCUGCUGUCAAAAGUCAGGGAGGAGAAAUAUCUGCAUGUCUUUUUUUUUUUUUUUUCUUUUAAUCUUUAGUAUUUUCUCUUUGUACAUUUCAUAUUGCUGUGUUUUGAAUAAUCAUUAGCCAAGGCUUAAAUGCUUGCAGCAGAUCCUUGCCAGAGCAACAAAACAGGCAAGAAACAGUUGCUGUCAACUCAGAAUCACUCAGAAUAGAUUUACAGAACCAUUGUAAAAUAUAUGCCAACGCAAGUCCCUAUUCCUGUGUCUCUUGUCACCACAAAUGGAUUGUAUCCACCAACCAGCUCUUGACAGGGUUAUAGGUGAGACAAACCACUAUACACACCUCAGAAUUGAUGGUUUGGGCGGAACAUGGUUAUAUAUGCCCUCUAGUUCCCUCAGAAAGAACCCACCCAACCACAUCCAAACAUACAUCGGCUUCUCCAUCUCUUAAUCAUUCACAGUUAAAUCUGAGUUUGAGCAUUUAGUGUUAGCAAGACUUGAUAAAAGGCCCUUACAAAAGAGAACGUGUGAAGUUUGGGUCAUAUUGCUUGUACAUAUUUAUUCUGUCGUCGUUUCUGCCUUACAUGGCUACACCAAAUCUCCCUAGAAGUUGAUUUCUUCAAGGUAUUAAUGGGAGGUAUUCAUCUGCUGAUUUUGCACAGAAAUGUUAGUGGUGCAUUGUGCCAACAAAAAAUAAAAUGUUUUAU